GAACCAAAUGCGACCCCACGCAGUCGCGUUCCAUGCGUGAAAAUAAAACAAGCCUCGCGGAAGUAAACCGGGAAAAACUUCGCUACCAAGGAGCUUGUUCAUAGCGAUAUUGACAUAUCUUUUGUCCAGCCAAGCAGGCAAGGAUUCUGUCGACAAAGAUGAAAGCACUCUUUUAUUUUCUGACCAUCACAAUUCUUCUUUGGGUUGAAUUUGGCGCGGCGCAACAAGACGCGGAGUGUACACGAGUGCGGAAGUAUAUUUCGGUUGAUUGGCCAGAUUGUGAACCGGCUUACACAAAAGUUCCAACCUGUGACGGUACAUGCAGAUCUUACGAUGUUGUCAUUCCAACUCCGCCUUAUCUUCAAAAAGACUGCAACUGUUGUAAAUCCGAGCAACAUUCUGUCAAAAAGCGACAACUAUCAUUUUUAUGCAACGGAAGGAUGGAAAACCACACAGUGUUUUUACCUAUAAUAGACAAAUGCCGAUGUGCUCAAUGUCAGGUUAGCAUCAUACAUGUUGACACA